AUGAGCGAAGUAGGACUGGUCAAGGCGAUCCAGUCCAAACACCCAGGGUCCCAUCAGGCCACUUACCAGCGGAACCUCCGUGGGUAUCCGAUUGACGGUAUCUUCGCGACGCCUGACGUGCCCAUCCUGGCCGCCGGGUACUACCCUUUUGACAAACACGUCGCCUCCGAUCACCGUGGCCUGUGGAUCGACUUUGACUUGAACAGUCUCCUUGGCGGACACCAACCUACGAAAUCCACCCAUGUUCCACGCCGGCUGGUGAUGCACAACAAACGGGUGGUUCAACAAUAUGUCCAAUUGGCGGAGCAGGGUUAUAUGCAGUACAAUAUUCCGGGUCGUCUCUCUACCCUAGGAUUUGAUGUUGCCCGACAGCAGGGCGUCAUCACCAAGUCCCAAGCGGUCAGAUUCGAUCGGAUACACGCUGAUGCCUACACAGUUCAACGGUUGGCGGAGCAGAACUGCAGGAAGUUGUCGAUGGGCGGGGCAGAAUGGUCUCCAAAAGGCCAAUCCAUUCGGCAUCGGAUUACCUUGUGGCGCCUUCUCCUCAAGGGCCGACGUCAGUGCUGGGUGAGCUCCAGGAAGGUUCGCCGCCUGCUGCUCAAGACGAACGAGCCCUUGGCCUGGAAGUUGACAACAGCCGAACUUGAGUCCCAUCUCACCCAAGACCUUGGUCAAUAUAGAGACGCCAAGAGGGGCCUCACUUCUAAAUGGCGGAAGGCUCAUGUCACUAAGUCCGCCACAAGACGGCAAGCCAACGAGAACGAUAUCACCGCUUAA